AUGAAAGGCAAGGCGAAGUAUAAGGCUGGAGAGAAUGCCAUUGUAUGGAAGAUCAAACGAAUGGGUGGGAUGAAAGAAAGUCAGAUUUCUGCCGAGAUUGAUUUAUUGUCUACUGGAUCGGAGAAGAAGAAGUGGAACCGUCCUCCUGUCAGCAUGAAUUUCGAAGUUCCAUUUGCUCCAUCGGGUCUUAAAGUGCGUUACCUAAAAGUGUUCGAGCCGAAACUGAACUACUCCGAUCAUGACGUUAUCAAAUGGGUACGCUACAUCGGACGUAGCGGCCUUUACGAGACAAGUACUUCACUGAGUUAUCCCGGUGAACGUAGCACUUGGCAAUAA